CAAAUUGGAAUCAUAGGGCGUGUGAGCACGCACUGAUCGCCAACUACAUAAUCGACUUCAAACAAGCACACCAUACAACAGGACUCACCAUUAUUGUCGCAACAAUAUCCUGCACAUUUUAUGUAAUACUGACCCACUGUGCAGACGACAAUAUGCUUGCCAAAACAUUAAUUCUGAUUCUAACAUCAAAAUUAAUAAUAGCACAGAUCAAUGGAGAAUUCUGGUGGUUAAGUGACAAUUUACCGCAUGUGAAACAUGUUGAAGCACCGAAAAUUGAAGAUAUUAGUGAAUUCGACACGGACGAAUCAGCCAAAAUCAUAUUUAGAGACGACGAUCAUGAAGCCAAUACGAAAAUAAGCUCAAUAACUGUGGGAGAUAAAACAAAUCAUCAAAAUGAAAAAUGGAAAAUCGAUACUCAUUUCAAUGAAGAUAAGAGAAUCAUAUAUCCAGAUGAUAAAAUUAAUCCCAAUAUAGAACGUACUAUAUCUAAAAUCAAAACUGAUGAACGUCAAAAAAUAGAAAACGUUGAAAAGACGAAAAAUACUAAAGCAGAGAAUCAAGACGAGUUUAAGUUCUAUUUUCCCGAGGAUUAUUUAUUAUCGAAGAAUAAAGGACCAGAUAAUAUUAAUAAAAUUCCAAUGCCUAAUAAAAAUUUACAACCCAUUAAAGAUAAAAUGGAGUUUACAAAUAAAGUGGGAACAAUGACAUCCGAAAAUAUUUGCAGUUACAUGAAGAAACAGGAGUGUUAUCGAAAGAACGGCGUUGUAUACAAGCAAACUAACAGAAUUGAUUCAGCGACGCAUUUGGAUGGCCAAUUUAUUUGUUGCAUAUUUCCAUUGAUAGAAGAAGAGUCCUCAAAAUUAGUAUUUCCUAGUAAUAAAAGACAGAAAAGAUCAAAACAAAGCGAUAGCACAAACAAGCAAAGGGAAGUAUUAGUGAAAAGGCGAUAUGGCAUUUCAGCAGAUAAUAAAAAGGAUACUACUCCCAGAAUAGUUUCUCCUGAUGAUGGUGAUGAAGACUAUAAUACAGACCCGUAUUGGAAUAUAAAAAAUGCCAAGAUAAAGUCGACUGGACAUAGUACUACAAUCACAAAACAUGAUUGUUAUGAAGAUGAAGAUUAUGUUGUAGAAUUGCCAAAACCAGGUCUUUUAGGAGUUUACUCUGAUCAUAGCCGGCCAGGGUGGCCAGUUAAUGACAAUAGGGGCCAAUAUGGCGGAAAUUCAUACGAUGAUGUUUACGACGAUGAUCUUCCUGGUUAUUCUACAAUAGAUCCGAGAAGAGACACCACUACUUCCAAAUUUCCCAAACGCGGAAAGCCCUUGAAACUUUCUACUAUCAGUGAGGAAAAUUACGCCCCUGAAAGCCACACAAUCAGCUACCAAUCAAAUCCGGAUUUCCAAGUGCUCCAAGGCUUCAAACUCAUAAAUUUGUCAAGAACCAAGAACAAAUUUUAUUCAAAUUCAAAGAGAAUUAGUACUGAAAGCGUGUUCGAGGAAAACAGUAAAGAAUCAGUAUUCGCUGAUACGAGUACGGAAAAUCGCAAUAAAGACUUUGUUUCAAGUAAUAAACAAAUUUUCAGAAAUUGUGGAAAAGUUACCGGAAAUUUUGUUUCAAGAAAUGGCAAGCAAUUAGGCAAUUCUGACAACGGUUCGCAUCCGUGGCUAGGUUUGGUGGUGUUAUCAAAGAGAAGACAGUUCAUUCUUUGCUAUGCAACUAUCUUGCACCCCCGCGCUGCGCUGACUGCAGCUGACUGUGUUUAUGGGAGGCCAAGUGGAGAACUGACUUUGGUGGCUGGUCUACGAGAUUUGAGGGAUAGAUCCAGUGCCCAAUACAGAAUCACAGGCAUUCUUCUACACCCUCAGUACAAGCCUAACGAAUUGGCACACGAUUUGGCGAUACUGCACUGGAACGUUCCCCUGAAGCUAACCACUAACGUGCAGCCAGCUUGUCUUGGAGAGCCGAAGGCGAACAGCGAUUGCUUUAUAUACGGGUGGGGCGGAUAUGACCAAGCCAUCAGAUACCGUUCUCGCUGGCAACGAGCUACCGUACUGACACCGCAACAGUGCCAAGCUCGACUUGUCAACCAAUCUACCGGCCAGCGACUGCCGAGCGGAGCCUUCUGUGCUGAGGUGCAAGCUAGAGGAACUGUGACCGGCGUGGGCGGCGCCCUGAUGUGCGGGCAGACGGCGGCGGGCGUGGCGGUGUGGCGCCACGCGGUGCUCGUGUUGCUGCCAGUGCAGGGCUGGCCUGCACAAGCGCUGGACACUCUUCUCGGGACCAGGUGAUAGUCGUCUCAGGCGAUGACCAGCGGCUCGUCGUCUGAGAAACCUUGAAUCGGCGGCACGUCGUCGUCGUCUGCAAAACAAUAUUUUAUAAUUUAGCUUUUAAUAUCAGAAAUUGUUGAAUUAUAUUUAGUUUCUAAUAGUAUUAGUA